GUGGCACCGAUUCCGUACUGAGUCACAUGAACACACGUGUGCUGUCUAUGCGGCAUUAAAGAGUAAAAGUGAAGCAACUAAUGCUGCUUCUCUGUAAAUCUGUCUUGUCUGAACACGACCAGGCGCCGGCUGAUCUUUUUACUUUAAUCCAGAUAAAUAGCAGUUUGAAGGAGAUUGUAUUGUCUGAGGUGUGACUGGGGCCUUUCUGCCAUCAUGUCGACAGAAAAACAAAGUCUUCCCGAGGAGAAUCUGCAAGGCUCUUGGGUUGAGCUGCACUUCAAUAACGGAGGUGGAGGAGCUCCCAAAGCAGCAGUGGAGGAUCAUGCUCAGAGUUCAGCCCCGUCCGGAGACAUGGAGAAGAUGCUGCUGGACGCUCAGCACGAGUCUGGCAGGAGUAGCUCCAGAGGAAGUUUGCCCUGUGACAGUCCUCCAAGGUCCCAGACUCCUUUGCACUUAAGCAGAGGCUCAGAGGUCCACAGCUCAGGAGAGAAAAACAGCUCACAGUCUGAUGAAGACUUUCUGGAAAGGAGGAAAGAGGUUGACAACCUGAUGAAGAAAAACGCUGAUUGGAUAUGGGACUGGUCGAGUCGUCCAGAAAACAUCCCACCCAAGGAAUUCUUGCUGAAGCAACCGAAACGCUCCAGCACCUUAAGUAUCAGGAACACUAGCGUGAUGAAGAAGGGAGGAAUCUUCUCUGCUGAGUUCCUCAAAGUCUUCCUCCCAUCUCUCAUCGUCUCUCACAUCCUCGCCGUGGGGCUCGGUGUUUACAUCGGAAGGCGCAUUACUACUGCCUCCAGCACGUUCUGAGGGAGAACCCAGGUCUCUGAUCUCACGGCUGCACCCUCACCGUCUACACUGCUUUGUCUCGUCUUGAAUUGAUGUUUCAGUAGAUCCAACUAGGUCAGGAACGCUAGAGCCGCUUCCACUAGCAGGCUGCGGGCUGUGCUACACUGCCUUCCUUCCCUCCUCGUGUAUUCCUCUGGCUCGCUCUCUGCUUUUACAAUCUAGCCUGCACUGGGAAGCCAUUUUAGAUUUGCAGCCAGUAGCUAAAUAGCAUUAUCUGUGCUCCACCUUCAUCUUAUAAUUUCUUGUGCAGAUAUACAGAGAAUCUGUUUAAAAGAAAUAUCAGUCAUGUGAAAUGUAGAUGUAAGGAAGUGAAAAACAGACCAAUGCUGGAAUUUAAAAAUACUACAGAUAGGGUAAGAGUCUGGCUUAGGACUUGUAAAUUGAAAUACUUUAUGAUGGGGUUGACAAAAUGG